CGUUGUUUGACAUACCCAUCGUUGUAGGCUUUGCCUCUGGCAGUUUCUUUUUCAAAAAGCAAGCUCAAAGCCACAGAUUAUACAUUUUGCUCGCAGCCCGUGCGGGAUAAAUAACCUACAGAGAGAGCGACAGCGUGUAACAGGGCUUUUAUCUCUCAUUUGGAGACGAGUAGCUUGCGCGUAAACGGCACCGGGCAUCACUGAAGAUUGAGAUCCAGGGAUAUUAUUUUGUUAUUUUAAUAUUUUGCAGGGAGGGAAGACUAUUCGUGGAUUGUGAGCAUCGGAUGCAGUGAUAUUUGAGCGCGCAAAGCACCUGUGGAUGCAACACCCCCUCUGAUGCUUGGACUCAAAUCAUUCGCAAAGAAAGGAUUCAGCGUGAGAUAUAGUUGAUAAUCGUUUCCAACCAACGCCCUGCUUUUAAUAUACGAGUCUCGCGCCAUGCUGUGGAGUGUUUCCUUGCUGCUGCUUCCCCUGCUGAGCAUCACCGGCUGCGGCUCGUCCUUCGUGCCGUGCCAGCCGUGCGAUCAGAAGGCCCUGUCCAUGUGCCCGCCGGUGCCGGUGGGCUGUCAGCUGGUGAAGGAGCCCGGCUGCGGCUGCUGCCUGACGUGCGCGCUCGAAGAGGACCAGCCGUGCGGCGUGUACACCCGGCCGUGCACGCGCGGACUCCGCUGCCUGCCCAAGAAUGGAGAGGAGAAGCCGCUGCACGCGCUGCUGCACGGCCGGGGGAUGUGCAGGAACGAGAAGUUGUAUAAAAUGCUGCAUCCCUCCAAAGACAGAGAAUCUCAGCAAACCAAAGCGCCCUUAAGAGACCACAUCAGCAGUCGGAAAGCCCAGGCCAUGAGGCAGGCCAAGGAUCGCAAGAAGCAGCUGGCCAGGCCGGGACCCUCCAGCAAUCUGGACUUCUCCCCGCUGAGCCUGGAUAAAUCGGAGCCCGAGUUCGGCCCCUGCGGAAGGAGACUGGAUAAUCUCAUUCAGAGCAUGAAGGACACUUCUCGGGUGUUGGCUCUCUCUCUGUACAUCCCCAACUGUGACAAGAAGGGCUUCUUCAAGCGCAAGCAGUGUAAGCCGUCUCGUGGUCGGAGAAGGGGGAUCUGCUGGUGCGUGGACCGAUUUGGCGACAAAAUCCCCAGCAUCAACUACACCGAGGGAGACCUGCAGUGCAAAGAUUUCGACAGCAGCAGCAACACCAACGAAUGAGAGGGAAGCUCUUCUUAAACCCACCAAUCAAGCUAGUACACGUCAUGACGGCCAAUCAGGAAAAUAUGGCACAAAUGCUUCUAAGUAUGGCCAGGUGUGAUGGACUGUUUUUAUUUGUUUGUUUUUUUGAAAAGCUUCACAUGUAGGUCUUAACGCCCCAUUGGCCGUAUAUGUUUGAUGGUAGCUAACACCUCACCUCUUCAUAUCCAUAGAUAAUAGAGGAUUAUAUAUAUUUGUAUUAUAUUGAUAAUAUGUUGUGUACUGAGUGUAUCCUAGAAACUAUGAGACAAGACAUGUUUUCAAUGUGGCUUUAAAAAAAAAAAAGGUUGUGGAGACACAAUUGAAGAGUUCUCGGUCCAAAUUAGCAUUACCUUACUAACUGUUACAUGUGAAUGACAACAGGAUGUACAAAGAUUGUUAUUCCUGACUUUAUAUCCUGCCGACUAACAUUAAACGUACCAUCUUUUAGCCUACUUGUGCAGGAAAAAGAGGCAAACUGUUCUGGAUUGCUGUCGAAAUCCUGUUUUCCUCUCAAAAAACUGUCCAUGGAAAGAAUCCACUUCAGAUGUUGGGUAUGCUUAUAAAUCAUUUUCUUUAGAGAUGAUUACUUUCUUCAUGUCAAUCAAGCACUCUUAAACAAACAUAUUGUUCUUUAACAGGUUAGAUAUUUGGCCGUCCAGACAACUGCGUCCACUCUUUGUAAAUGUGUGUACAGAUUGUGUCUGUAUGUGUGUACCUAAUGUGCCAUGCCCUUAUAGUUCUCAAAUACAACAAGAAGCUUCAUUUCUCACUUGAGCUACUGUCGGACAAAACGUGGUGCCGAGCAUUUCCCUCCGCACACAAAUCGUAUGCAAAGGCCCACGCGCUGUUUGUGUUUCCGCCUGCAGGUUGUAAGUCUGCUCUCGGUCUUUAUCGGCUCCUGUAUCCUCUUAAGAGCGAGGUUGCUGAGUUUGUAUGGAAAUUAAAGUGCCUUCUGCCCUACGCCACUUUGAAUUGUAUUUGCGUGUGGUCCGAUUGUAUUGUCGAAUCAGGGCCAACACAAAGGAGGUAAACAAUUUGAAGUGUGUAUGUGCCGUGUUUGAGUUUUAUUUUUAACACAAAAAUAAACGUACAAUGACAGGGGACAACAUUUUCGUUCUACAGCUCAACAUUUGUUUGUUAUAAUCUUAAUGUUCAUGUAUUGACUGUCACUCGUAUAAUCUCAGACAUUCCUAAUCACUAUAUUGUGACAUAAGGAGAGCGUUGUGUCAUCAGCUUAUUCUUCCCCACUGUAUCAUGACUAGCACUCAUGUAAACGCAUCACGGUGACACUUUGAACAUUUAAGAAUCUCAGUUAAAAAAAAGCAAUGUGAACAUUUAUGGUGAAAUAUUUAUCAGGCGUGUAAUUGAUGUACUCGUUUUAUUUUUUUGUAAUGACAAAUCACUAUUUAAAUAAAGUUCAUGUAGUCACAACAAAGCCAU